GUAAAAUUGAGAAAUUAAUAUGGCGGCUGAGCUAUAGAAAUAACUCAAAGAAAACAUAAAAGUAUCUGUCAUUUAUUAUAGAUUUUUUGUCAGACACGCCUUGUCAAUUUAUUUGUGUCUUAUUUUUAUCAAAAUUAAACUUAUUAGUUAAUAAUUAAUCUGAAAACAAUCAUGGCUGCAGUAAGUGAACCACUCACCUUAAAAAAAGAUAUCCAACGUGCAAUUGAAUUAUUAGAUAAACUUCAAAAGAGUGGCGAAGUUCCAAUUACAAAAUUAGCAGCGUUACAAAAAGUAUUGCAAAGCGACUUUCUCAAUGCUGUUAGAGAGGUUUAUGAGCAUGUUUAUGAGACAGUAGAAAUUCCAGGUUCUCAAGAUGUUAGAGCUUCAGCUACAGCAAAAGCAACUGUAGCAGCAUUUGCAGCUAGUGAAGGUCACGCACAUCCUAGAGUUGUGGAAUUACCAAAAACUGAAGAAGGUCUUGGGUUUAAUGUUAUGGGUGGAAAAGAACAAAACUCACCGAUUUAUAUAUCUAGAAUUAUUCCGGGUGGAGUAGCUGAUAGGCACGGUGGACUUAAACGCGGAGAUCAAUUAUUAUCUGUAAAUGGAGUUUGUGUUGAAGGUGAAAAUCAUGAAAAAGCUGUUGAAUUAUUGAAACAAGCUCAUGAUUCAGUAAAAUUAGUAGUUCGCUAUACUCCAAGAGUUUUGGAAGAGAUGGAAUUGAGAUUCGAUAAACAAAGAGCUGCUCGUAGGCGUCAACAGAUGUAAUCUGUUCAUUUUUGUCAUUUCUUUAAUUUCCUCUUAAUUUCAUUAUGCAUUUAUAAUUGAUAAUACAUUUUUAUCACUUCAUUAGCACUAUUAAUUUAUAACUACUAAUUAGUGUUAUUAUCAGUGUAUUACGCAUGGCUCAAUAAAUAUUAGACGAUUUAACAUA